AGUGACAGUCUCAUGAGCUGGUUUAUGUUUUUAAAAAAUGUUAGCUACAAACAUGAGCGUGUGAAGGGGGUUCAUGUAGUUUGGCUGCAGACAUGCCGCGGUACUGCGCUGUCAAAGUCUGCAGGAACCGCGGGGGGAGCGCGUCGAGACAAGACAACAAGAGAAUCAGCUUCUAUCCGUUUCCCCUGCAAGACAGCGCCAGGCUUCAGAAAUGGGUGGACAACAUGAAGCGGGAGGAGUGGACCCCGAGUCGACAUCAGUACCUGUGCAGCGAGCAUUUCACAGAGGACUGCUUCGAUAUCCGAUGGGGAAUCCGCUACCUGAAGAACACAGCCAUCCCAACCAUAUUUCCCUCCAAUGAGGACGAUGCUGAGACAAAAGUCACCACCUUUAAACGAAGCCCCAAGGUCAAACCCAGGACUUUGGACAUCGAGCCGACAGGAUCGGACUCUCCUCUCAGCAAGAGGCCACUCAUUUUGAGCAGGACGUGCAAAAAAGUCCAGUCAAGCACAGCGAACAGCGUUGUCACCGAGCACACAGAGGUGAUAUCUGAACCGCCUCUGGCCUCGGACCCAGUCAUCUCCUGUCAUUCAGAUGUCUCAGAGAUACAGACUGCUACCUGUGACAGUGGAGUGUCCUGCCUCGCACUGUCCCCACGAGAUAAGCCCCAGUCUGAAGAGCCGGCCGACUCCAUUGUGACUGUGUUGUGCUGUGAGUCACUGGGCUCUUUCUCCGAUGGCGAGGGGAAUGUGGAUGCAGCCGCCCUCCAAGCAGCGCUGGGCCAGACUUUUAGCUUUAUCCCCGUGCAGACGAUCAAAGACGAACCCACAGGCUGCUUUUUGGAGGAGAGGGGACCCAGUGAGGGGGAGCACAUUUCUGUGUAUGAGCACUCGUACUGCAGACCGGACACGGACAGAGAUCAGCUUUGGAGUAAGAUCUUGAGUUUGCAUACAAAGGUCUUGGAACUGGAUCGCAGGGAGGAGAGCACAGUGGCCAAAAUCCGUGCUCUGGAGACUGAGGUCGCCCUGCUGAAGAGAGACGGGGCUGUUUUUAAAGAGAAGCAGAAGAUUUUAGAAGAUUAUAUAUCAUCCAUGUUGCUCUGAUUGUAAAAAAAAAAAAGACAGGUUAUGGACUCUGGAGUGAGUUCUUGGGCACGCAUGGAUUCUAAUCAUCACCAUUGAGUCAUUU